AUGACGCAAAGAUCGUCUCUUGUUCUGCUACCGGGUGAAUUAAAGAAUCAGAUCAUAAACUACGUCUUCGUCCGCGACCCCGGCACAGCACCUCUUCCAGUGUGCAACUCUCCAUUGGCACUGUCGUCGACAUGUCGCCAGCUGUACAAGGAAUAUCACGCACUUGCCUGGUCCGCAACAAUUUUCAACACCAAGUGGUCGCCGGCAGACGAGUUGAGCCGAAAAACUAGCGCCUUAUCCCCAGCGUCCACAUCAACUGUCCGAAAACUUCAAAUCAGGCUUCCCUGUGAUCUCACGGAAGCGUAUACGGCAGACGUGAACCGUAGACGCGUCAAGAGCUUCGGAUUUGCUCGUGCAGGUCUCACAGGUCUAGAAGAACUGUUCAUCCGCUACCGCCCAGAACAUCACGAGAAAGGCAUUGGAGGCCCAGGCCGAGAGCUCAUUGUUCAGUUAUUGUGGCGAAUCAUGUGGGAAAGAGAUAUCAAGCAGUUGAACAGGAUCUGUAUUGUUCAUGACGGCACACAACCUUUCCUUUCUCUUUCUUUGUUGUACAACAUGUUGCAGAACUUUACGUCGCUUCAGGUGUCGAGGCGUUGGAAAGUCCGAUCCGAUCUGGAACAUGGACGGUUGCAAUUUGAGGAGUACAGAAACGGGAAGGUCCUGAGGCAGAUUUCUGUGGUCGUAGGGUUUAGCUUUUGGGAAGCUGAGGAGUACGUGGAGGUGUGUGAGCAUAUUCUUGAGGAGAAGCAUGCUCAAGUCAUUGUGGCUCGGCGCACGACAUGCGAAUUCAUCACCCCAUUACAAGACAUGACUGACGAGGCCGUAAGACGUGAGGUCGACAAUCUCAACACUCUUUUUCCUGUAUUAAGAGACGAGGAACCGGUACUUCAGCCAUACGUUGAUAAGAUACGUGCUAUCUGCCCCAUAGAUGGAUGA